CUGAUACUGGUGGACUAUGAACGUUAGGCUUUAACUUGGUAACGUCUAACGUACUUCCCAAGAAAGAUUCAGAGUACGCACUCUUGCAUGGAUAUGUAAGGAUUUCACGAGUCUACCCAGUACGAAUCGCUCAUCCAUGACCUGACGAUCACAACGUCUGAAAUACCAAAUGCAGAGCCAUGUCUCUCAAACGUAAAGCGCCCGAUUCCUCUUCCUCGGACGACACGUCUGUCUAUCGCUCUAGCCCAAUAUACGACCGUUCUUCUACCUUUGUUGCCGCCUACUCCCCUACAAAAACCGCCAAAGUCCUCCAAUCUGACACCAAAUUCACCGACGCAUCACACCGCAUCGCCGCAUGGCGGCUCCCAUCACGCCAAAAAUCUCUUUUCGGCGAUCCGACUGCGCAUUAUGACACACGCUACGAUGAUGAUGGUGAGAAGAACGCUGGAAAGCGCGUCGCUAGGGUACUAGAGAGUAUGAACGUAACAGGCGCACUAGUUGUCGCGCGCUGGUAUGGUGGAGUUAUGCUAGGCCCGGUACGGUUCGAGCAUAUCGAGAACGUGGCGAAGGAGGCGGUGAACGCGUGGAAGGGAGCGGCGAAGGAGGAGGAGGGAAAGGUAGAAGUGGAGAAAAAAAAACGGCUAGAAGAGAUUGAGAAGACAAGGCUGGUAAGAGAUCUACCUAAAAGAGAUACGAGUAUUGGCGUGCUGAGGGGACUGUUGGCUGAGAAGAAGGGGGAGGGGCCGCUGACGACACCGGCGAAGCUGCUUGAGUAUGGGAACUUUGAGAUUGGUGUUCUCAGAAGACUUGAGAAGGCAAGGGAUACGACUAUUGCGUGGCUGUUGAAAUCGAUUGACGAGGCGGAGGCGGAGGCAAAGGCGAAAUCUGUGGGAAGUGGGAGCUCAGCGACGGGGGAACUCGGGAAGGCUAGGACAAAGAAGACUGCUGGGGCAAAAGAUGCACUAUGAGAACUGCUAAACGAUGAUGUAGACGAUGAGUUUGGGUAUCACACAGAAGCCGAAGCGCCCAUUGUCAACAAAGGAAAUACACUUGAAGACGAAGCAGAGCCAUCCUGAUCUACACUAAACCGUCUAAAGAGCUCUCGUUGCUGUCUACGUGAAUUCGUUACCUGAAAUCUUCCUACUCAAUCUAAAUGCAGUCUAGCACGCAUUGUUCAGUCCUAGCAAUACUCUGUCUGUGUGGACGCAGAAACGGAGCUGGGAAGCACAAGUAGUGAAGAAGCCAGUAGGAGAUCGUAGC